AUGGAUCUCGAGGCCCCUGAGCCUCCUGCCGCAGCUGCCCAGGCUGUGCCUGUUGAGGUUCGCCUUGCAUCCUUGAGCCGUGACGUGGCCCUGCUCGGGCGUCAUUUGCGCAGUGUUCAACACCGUUUGGUCAGCCUUGAGGAUCGCGUGGUCGCCUUGCAGUCCCGUGUGCAGGAUAACGCUGAUCAGCUUGAACAGGACUCCACCCGCCUUGCUGCUAUCAGCCAGUUUCUGCAGGCCUUGGUUCAACACUUGAGCUUUCUGUUGCGUCACGAGAGCUUGAGCCAGGACACCCGGCAAGCUUUGCAUGUCCUGUCUUGCACGGCUUCGGGUCGUUCGCUGUGGAAAAUGCCCUGGGAUGUGGGUCUUUUGGCCUAUGAUCCCACGCCCAAGCCCUUGAAGCCCUUGGCGACAGUGUUGCCGACUUUUGCGAGUCCCACUCCAUCGAGCGUGCCAGCCGAUACUCCCCCGGUUCGGCAGAAGCUUAAACGGCCGUGUUUUGUUCAGAAUGUCCCUUACAAAUUUGUAAAGACUAAGCUGGAAACUAAAACUUGGCUGCAAUUGCAGAACGAGGAGCGGCAUCUUGCAGUGAGCAAGUGGAUUUCCGUUGUUGCGUGUGAUCCCAUGUCUUUUGGUGUCGCUCGCAACUGGUAUCAAGGCAAGGUCGCAGGUCACUGUGUUGGCACGCUUUCCGAUAGCGUCGCAGAUGCUCUUUCAGCAAAGGCGACAGCCACUGUGAAUAAUAGGGCCUCACACCUCUUGCGGUUUGUGGUAUGGACGCGGGGAAGGAAUAUGCUACCGUUCCCUUUGGUCGAGGCAGCCGUUUACCUGUACAUGGACACAAACCGCGCCACGGCUGCUCCAACUGCAUUUCGCAGUUUCCUUUCCUCCGUCGCAUUUGCGAAGUUCGUUCUGGGGAUGCCUUCGGCCGAUGAGGUCCUUUGUUCGCAUCGAAUCACGGGCCUUUCUGCGAGGACCUAUCAACUCAAGAGGCCAUUGAAGCAAAGACUCCCUUUCACUUGCGCACAAGUCAGGAAGCUGGAGGCGAUACUUUCAGGUCAGUUACGCCGCUCGACGGCGGACAGAGUGGCUGCAGGUUUCUUCCUCUUUAUGAUAGGCAGCAGGGGCCGCUUCUCGGACGCCCAGAGGGUGACCGAGCUCAGGCUCCCGCGCGGGGCAAAGUACAUCACUGCUGUUGCGUCGCGCACGAAGAGUUCGACCUCACUUGAGCGCAAGACUCGCAUGCUGCCCAUGGCUGCUCCUGUUGUGAUGCUUGAUGACGAACGUCCAUGGGGAGUGACUUGGUUUGAGCUUUUGGAGUCCGAAGGUCUAGGCCCAGAUCAAGAGUGCCCGCUUCUUCCGCUGGCCAGGUCAGACGGGACUUGGGCUAAGGUGCCUUUGCCGUGUGAUAUGGCGAAUGUGUGGCUGAAGUCAUUGCUCGAUUUUGGCAGCGAUUCCUACGGCAGUUAUGGGACGCAUUCCUGCAAACGCACACUUCUUGCUUGGUCGUCGCAGUUUGGGCUUGCGAGAGAUAUCCGUUGCAUUUUGGGCUAUCAUGUGUCCAGAGCUGCAGGUGUAGGAACCGAGAUCUUGUAUGAGGCCGACGCGCAGGCUCAACCUCUCCGGGAGAUGUCGAGGAUGCUCCUGUGGGUCCGGAAGGGCGAUUUUGAUCCUGAUGCCCCGAGAGGUCGCAAGUUCAGGGUGGCUGAUGGCGAAGAACAGCCUUUUCCCGAGGAUGAAGAUGACUGUGGAGAGGACGGAGCUGUGUCGUCUUCGGAGGGCAGCGAGGAUGACGAGACCCCUGAUCGCAGGUUAGAUGAAGAUUGUGCCAACCAGCUCGUGGGACGCUGGACCGGGAGAGUCGACGAGUCGCUGCUGCCUGUGAGUGGGGUUUAUGUACGCAACUUGGUGUCGAGGGUCAUCCACGUCGCCGCUGAGGAGGGCGGCGAAAUUUUGAUUUGUGGAAGGCCGAUCAACGCAACGUAUGAGAGCUUGGAGUGCAGUUCUCGUUGCUGUUCCGCAGACAUGUCUGGGAAAGCUUACUGCUGCCUUGAGGUGGAGCCGUUUAAGGUUCAAGAAGGUGCGGUUGUGUGCACCAUGGCGGCCUAUUCGGAAUCCACUCCAGUGUUCCGAGCCCGAUGCGCAGCAUGUGGACUUGAUGAAGCCGAGACGGAGAGUCUUGUCGCUGCCGGCCUCACAACCUUGGCGAAGGUCGCUUUCUGCAGUGCCUAUACCCCAGGCGCUGGUGACGAUGGCAGUCUCAUCUUAGCCCUGUCAACUGCGUUGGGAAAAGAGCCGACCUUGGGGCAAAAGGCCUCUUUCCGACGGCUCUUUCACGAGUCUUUCUCAGUUACGACUCAUGAGAUGAAAGGUUUGGUGAGCCAAACGGAGGAGAGUGCACCUCGAAAGCUCUCGGUCCCGGAAAGGGCUGAGAGGCAUUCCGCCAUUGUGAAGCGACUUCCAGGUCUUGACAUUAGAAACCGCACUGAACCGUCUGAUUCAUUGCUUGAUCUGUGUGUUUCAAUGUAUGAGAACAACAAGCUUCUAUAUGUGGAGUGGGACCGCCUGACGAGUAAGGAGCAGGAGCAGACGCUGAGCGCCAAGCGGGAGAAAGUCCUUUCUGUUGAUGCGGCCGGCAUGUUGCGGACCGAAAAGUCCUCCCCGGCAAUAGCCGAUACUUCGACUGAGCUUCUACUCCUUCUUGCCAUGACUCGCAGAGCGGUGGCCUUUGAGAUGGCAAACCUCCUCGACUAUAACCUGCAUGCGCGCUGGAGCGAGCGCCUGCAAAGUGCCCGUUUGGACCCUGUGCUCGCGGGCCACUUGCAACCCACUUUCCAGCAGCUGCAGGCUGCUGAUCGCCGCCUUUUCAUGCUCCUUGCGGACCGAACAAGGACCGGUAUCCAACUGAAUGCCACAGGCAAGCGGCCGCUUGACCUGAUCUUUGUUGAGUGCACCCAAGCUUCGGAAGUCCUUCACCUGUUGCAGCCCCUUCCCAAGGUCGUGGGAGAAGCCAGAAGGGAGGUCGCAAGGGCGCUGGCAAGGGCGUUCGAAUGCCCUUCGGGCUCCAGGGCUGCCACUCCUGCCGUUGCCGGAAAGGCCUUCAUAUCUGCGCUGUCAGUCGCUGCGGACGUACACAUCCUGCCCUGGACUGCCUUGAUGCACGCAUACCCCGCACCGGUGCAUCCUGCAGAAAUUUUGGCUUUUUCCAUGCUUCAAGAGCGCACCCUGGUCCGCUCAAAAAUCGUCGAGAUGGUGGACUUGCUCCCCUUCGAGCCUUCGCCGCGGGCCGAGACUGGUCGUGCUUUCGCUGCCGGGGCUUAUGGUCAGGGUGCACUGGUUGGGUUUCGUAAGAAUACCCUGGUUUUCCCUUUCUGUGUUUUUGCCUUGACUGCCUGGCUGCGCCUGCUGUGCCCAGAUUCCAUUUUCUCAGCCAUUGUUCUCCUGGAUGCUGACGACGCUCCAUUCCAUAAGGAUGUGCGUAACCAUCCUGUGCCUAACACCGUUGCGCCUUUGACCGUCUUCCAAGGUGGUCUGCUUUGGGUCGAGGGUUGUGGUAGUGAAAGCCUCACUUGUGCUGGCCACACCGUCCAGGGUGGCCCUUUGUCCUGGGAGCAUGGUGCCGUUACCUUCGACGCCUAUCGCCUGUGGCAUAAAGUCCUGCCCUGGACGGGGCGCAGGCUUGUCUUGGUGGGUUUCACUCCUGCCUCCUGCCACCGGCUCCUGCCGGACGAUCGUGCCAAACUCGUUGCCUUAGGUUUCCCCCUCCCUCCGCUCCCCCAGACCGCUGAUGCACCUGAGCCUGCGCGACGCUCGCGCUCUCCUGCUCCCACUUCCGCUGUUGUGGCCGGUUCGGGUUCUAGGACUAGGUCGCCUCCCCCUGGUUUGCCGGGUCCCCUAGUCUCCCCAACUCCCGUCGGCACGCCGCCUUUGUUCAUCGAGCUUUGCGCCGGUACUGCCCUGCUGUCACAGCAGGCCGCGGAGGCUGGUUUUCGGACGUUGGCUGUUGACCAUCAUGGCAAUCGCUUUAAGCCGCAUGUGCAUGUUCUGCAGCUGGAUCUCCGCAGCCCCUCCUCCUGGGAGUUCCUUCGUGGCGUCUUGUCAUCCCAAGCCGUGGCUCAUGUGCAUAUUGCCGUGCCGUGCGGCACAUGCAGCCGCGCCCGCGACUUGUCACCUGGGCCCCCCCCUCUGCGCGACCUCCAUCAUGUCUGGGGUCUUCCAGGGCUCUCACCUACUGAUCACGCUCGUGUCCAAAGUGCCAAUGCAAUCUACGAGGGCGCUGCUGCUUUCUUCGAAUUUGUUCUGGCUUCUUUUCCUCAGAUCGGCGUCUCAGUGGAGAACCCUCUGCAUUCAUGGCUUUGGAUGUUGCCGCCUUUUGCCUCUUUGAUGCAGCGCUGCACUUUCGUUGCUUUUGACCUUUGCAGGCAUGGCUCCAACAGGCGCAAGGCUACGGGCCUUCUCACCAACGUGCCAGGUUUGGGGGUCCUUAGUGGGCCAUGCCCAGGUUGUGCGGAGCAUCAGCCCUGGCAAGUCCAAAACGGCGAGUUUGCCACCGCCCGUGAGGCGGCCUACCCGCUCCUUUUCUGCCAGCGGUUCGUGGCGGAGGUUGCGGCCUCCGCUUCAGCGUCUGGGUUGGGCCCUGAUCCCGAUGCCCUUUCUGCCCAUGCUUCCGCGCGUGCAGCCAACCACGUGCAGCCACGCGGGCGCCGCUUUCCGCCGCUCAUACCCGAGUACAGCUACACUGUCACUGUCUUUUCUGAGAUGCCGCCGCCGCUCAAUGCUAAGCGUUGCCUGACAGAUCCUUGGCUGGGUGUGCCGGCCGGCAGCCGUUUCCUGCGACAGUCACUUGAAAGGGGGGGAGUCGCUCUUCCUGACUUCCCAGGGCCGUCGUACGUUACCUUUGGUGUGUACCGUGAGCCGUUGCAGUAUGUGCAUCAUGCUCUUUCCCUGCAGCAUCCUUUUGACCUGGCUCGGGCCGUGCCUGAUGAUCUUCUGCGUGUACUCUUUAAGACUUUGACGGGUGGGCCUGUAGCAGUCCUCCGUUCUAGGUUGCUCAAGCUUCGGCAAUGGCGAGGUUGGGCUAAAGAGCUUGAGUCGGAAAAUGCAAAACUUUUUGCCUCGAUGCACAAGGAUGUCGCAGCCGUCCUCAGAGGAAAGAGGCUGGCCCUACUCGAGAAAAUUGGACGGUCUUUGGGUUGGCCAGAUGAGGCCAUCUAUCGGGACCUUGCGGAUGGUUUUCGCAUAACCGGCUAUCUUCCUGCGACAGGAGUCUUUGAGCCUGACGUGCGCCCUGCAGAGCUUGAUGAGCAGGAGUUCUGGACCCGAGCGCCCGCUCUCCAGAAUUCCUUGGUGGAGAAGAUUCGAAAGCAGGCCAUCGCUGACUUCGAGCAACCCCUGUGGGAGCUGACUCUGGACGAGGCCGACCCGAACUCGAAGGCAUGGCUUCACGGGCCUCUCUCCUUGGAGGAGGUCAGGCAGCGUUUCGGUGACAAAUGGUGCCCUUGCAGAAGAUUCGCGGUAUGGCAAAAGAAGUGGCGACCUAUCGACGAUCUCAGCGAGAACAAUGUCAACUCGACAUUUGGAGCUUUCGAGAAGGUUGCCUUGAGGGCCCUCGACGAGAUUGUGUGGGUCUGCUCAACGAUCUUUCGCUACGCCUCAUCCCGAGGAGAUGUUUCUUUGACUCUUUCAGAUGGCACUUGCCUGAAUGGGAAAGUGCAUGCCAUGUGGGAGCAGGGUGAUAACAUCAGGCCCCUCACGAAGACCUACGACUUGAGGUCUGCUUACAAGCAGCUGCCGCUGCACCCAGAAGAGCAAAGGAAGGCUGUCAUCAUGCUGCGGGAACCUGGGACCCGUGAGCCCAGAGCCUUUGUAUGCCGGACCCUACCUUUCGGGUCUGCGGCUUCGGUUCUGCAGUUCAACCGGGUCUCUUUGCUGCUUAGGCGCAUCCUCCUUGAGGUCGACGUGCUUGCCUCCUGCUACUACGACGACUACCCUUGCACUGCGCCUAAGUGUCUUGCAGAAGCCACUGAUGGCUGUGCCCAUGCAGUCUUCACUCUUUUGGGUUUUGAGACUUCGGUGGACAAGGAGUGUAGCUUUUCUACGCAAACCGAGCUGCUGGGUGUCACCCUUGAUACUUCCGAUCAAGGGUAUCAGGCUGUCCGGGUAGCCAAUAAGCCAGACCGUGCCAGCGCCAUAGCUGAGUCACUCGAGAUGGUCAUGCAUCAAGGGAGAGUGAGGGUGGCCGAGCUUCCUGCCCUUUUUGGCAGGCUCCAGUUUGCCGAAUCACAGCUCUUGGGAAGAUCCGGCCGUCUGGCGCUGGCUGACCUUCGCAAGCUUGAGGCUGCGAAUGCUGUGAGUGUGCCCUUAAUGCCCCAUCAUCUUGAAGCCUUUGCUCUUCUCUUGCGCCGCAUGCGCUCCGGACCGCCCCGAAGCAUUUCCACAGCGGGCGAUCUUUCGCCCGUGCUUGUCUUCACCGAUGGUGCAUGCGAACCCAAGGGAGAUAAGUUCGAGUGCAGUGUGGGGGGCUUGCUAAUCGUUCCGGGCUCCCGCCCGACGAUGAAGGUCUUUGGCUGCCGAGUGCCAGAUUCAGUUGUGCAGGUGUGGGCAGAGGGAAGGAAACACAUCAUAGGGCAGACCGAGCUGUAUGCCGUGGUCCUCGCUCGAGUGCUGUGGAGUAAUGACCUGUCAAAUCGUAGGGUUGUCUACUUUAUCGACCAUUCAGGCGUGCAGGGCGCAUGCAUGACCGGGACGUCAUCCGACUCAUCCUGGAGGCAACUUCUUAUGGCCUUUGAAGUUGCAGAUGAAGCGAGGCCUUGCAUGUCCUGGUUCCAUCGAGUUCCCAGCCACUCAAAUCCAGCUGACCCCCCGUCCAGAGGCCGUUGGCAUGAUAUGUCGUGUUUCAAACCUUUUGUCGAGGAGACACCGCGUUGUUUCCUCACUGGCACAAUCCUCGAAAGGAUGGAGUGA